UGUUAGUAAAUUAUCUAACUUAAUAAUUUAACUUGGUUGAAUAAUCUUUCAGCCCUGCGAUAACCUGGCGACUUGUCCAGGGUGUACCCUGCCUCUUGCCCAUAGUCAGCUGGGAUAGGCUCCAGCUUGCCUGCGACCCUGUAGAACAGGAUAAGCAGCUACAGAUAAUGGAUUGAUGGAUGGAUGGAUAAAUAAUCAUUCAUUCAAAGUUCAAGCCUACAUGAAUAAUCCUUGCUAUCAGUUUAGAGAAGUCUUAUAGCCCAUAAUAAAUAUUUAGAGCACCAUGGUUAGCCAGUCUUUUCUACUCCACGUUGUCCUGGCUGCUUUACUUGGGUGCACAUCAGAGGCCCAGGAUGAGCCUAUCACAGAGACAGACAUGCAGCUGACCAAUCAGACAGCAGAUCCCACCGUGACAUCAGAGAGAGCGCUAAUACUGAGCUCACCUGCAGGAGAAAUAGUGGAGGAAACAGUCCCACCCACAGGUACCCGGUGCCAGGGUUAUUAUGAUGUGAUGGGUCAGUGGGAUCCACCAUUUAAUUGUAAUGCAGGUAUCUUCCUGUUCUGCUGUGGCACCUGCUUUUACCGGUUCUGCUGCCAGUUCCAUCAGCAACGUCUGGACCAAACCUCAUGCUCCAACUAUGAUACACCAAUUUGGGCCAACACAGGUAAACCUGUGGCCACUAUCACUGAGGUGCAGUCAGAGCAUGAGAGGGAUCGCACGCAAAUGAUUGUAUACAUAAUCUGUGGCGUGGUAGCCAUCAUGGUUCUGGUGGGCAUCUUCACCAAGCUGGGUUUGGAGAGGAACCGAGGUGGACAAAAUGACAUCACCAGCUCAAGGACAUUGCAGGAGCUGCUGAAAAGGCCAGGUGGGGAUGUGAGCUCUGUAGAUGGAACCAUUAGCAGCAGCAGCACCAUUGGAGCCAAUGGUAUUUCAACCCGGAUGUUACGCAGCCACAGUGAGCAGUAUCACCUCAGCAGCACAGCAUUCAGCCCGACAGUUGGACACACUCAUCCCCAAAGCAACAGUAGUCUCUCUGGCCUCACACACAACAAGUACUCCUCACUGAAGGCUGUUGCAGAUACAGCCAGCAGAGGUUACUAUAAGAGCUAUCCACUUAUGGACUUUUCUCAAUACCAAACUACUCCUGCACCAUUUCAACCCAUCCCAGUGCACCAAAAAGACAAGUCCUUUUUCCAUCAAGAUGAGCCCUACAUGCACCAGGCUCUGCCUUCCCAUGACAACAUCCACUCUGCUCUUUCUAUUUCCAUCCCCACUAACCGACCUGAGAGGAGCUGUAUUCGAAAGACCAACACUCAUUCCUUACACCUAAGCUCAAGCUUCACAGCGUGUGACUCAGUAAACCGACACGUCCAUCGGCAGACCUCACACCCUGGACACCCUAGUCGCAGGCAGACCUACGCCAACAGAAGGCAAUACAGCACAGAGAUGCUUCCUGAGCUUUUCUCACAGCCCAUGUCCUACAAAGGACCUUCACCCUACCCUCAGAAACAGAAGAGCUUUCAUACCAACAGCAAGACAGAGGUUACUGUCUAAGAGUCAUCAGUUGUUUCAUUUUAUUUACAGACACACCAAUGAUAUAGCUCUCUUACCACAGCUGCUUAGCUUCCCAUCAGGUUCCUCUGGCUUCAAAAGUUCAGUCUCUGUCCUCUGUUCCUUAUGUCUCUGCUAUAGCACACUGUCCCACAAGCACAGAGCCAGGACAGAAGUUUGCAGCCUGGAACACUAGAAUGCUCCUGAAGAUUACAUUAAUGCUACAGAGAUAAUGCCACCAUUACAUC